CCUAUCCAACAAAUCGACCUUCACCCCAUUCUCCCCCUCCAAACUCCACUCCUCCGUCUCAAACACCCCAUUCCUCCCCCCCCUCCUAAAGCUCCUAAACCGCAUGGUCCCCUGCCUCUUCGACCCGCGGACUUCAAAAUGGAUAUCGAUCCGUCCGUGGAGCUGGUUCAUCUCCCCCCAGAUCCACGGCAUCUGGUGCGCGAAGUAGAUUUCGUCGCCGAGGAACUCGCGCGCGGCGGGCGAGGUGCGAAGGGCGUACAUGGUGGAGGAGACGACGGAGGAGGAGGACUUUUGAUAGUUGAAGAUGCCGAGGGUGCAGCCGGUGAGGACAGCGAUGAAGAUGGGGAUUGAGCGCAGCCAUUUCAUUCCUGAGCGCUGGAUUUCUGUAGUCGCACACACAUCGGUUAGCUUCUGCUUUUGCGCAGUCGGAAAACUUCCUGCUUAGGGAUUCCGGGCCUCUUACUAGGUAGUUCCCUAUCAGCUCUCCUCUCCAUCAACGGCGCACCCCCCACCUUCGGCGGACUGACAAGUCCCCGUCUCUGCACCGUCUUUCCAGCAUUCGGCGCAAUCCUCGCCCUCAGCGGCGCCAACACAGCGCGCCCUCUAGCACCCAGCAUUCGCGGCAGCAUUGUAUAAUAUUGUGUGUCUGUCAAUUCCGAAGCCGCGCUUUGUAGUUGGGAAUGCGGGUUGGGAAAACGGGGUAUAUAAUUCGUUGUGAAGAGGGCGGCGCGGAGCUCGGGGGGUUUUUUGGAUUAGUCAGCGCGAGGCUUGGAGUGAGGCUGAGGAGUGGUGGUGGGUGACGUCUUUGCUGGACUUAUAAACGCUAAAUUAUUGGAUACGAUAAAGAUCGUUUUGAGAGCGAGAGGUGAUCGGUUAUAUCUACUUCCCCCUCCCUCUUAUAUCCAUACACCCACCACCCACAAAAUGGCAUCCCACACCAAAGCCCACCUCCGCAAAACCUUCCAAUACCCCGACCCCGACGACGACGACACACCCGAAGCACUAGAUGAAGAAGAACAGCAGCACCUCAUCACCACCCUCCGCGCCAGCGCCAGCGCCACAAACACCCUCUACACCCGCCUCUUCACCACCUUCCCCCUCCUCCUCACCCUCGCCUACCUCCCCCCCCUCUCCAGCGCGCGCGGCGCCCUCCCUCUCCUCGCUCUCACCUCGCUGAUAGCCAGUGCGUGGGUGAUGUAUGCCUUCCCCGUUGGACGGACUGGGUGGGGGGUUGUGGAUGAGUGGGCCGAUGGUGCUGGGGCAACAGCGGGGGGUAAAGGUGGUAAGGAGGGGAAGGGGAAGGGGAGGGCGGGCGAUAUAUCACCAGGGGACCAAGAGGGGCCGUUGAGAAAGUGGCUGGUACCGCUAAAUGCGAGUCUGGUGGGCGUGAUACUCGUAGCGGGACUCCUGGGGACCGGGGGGGGAGGGGUGAAAUUGAGUGUUCUCCCGGCGCUGGCGUUGGGGGUGGUGGUCCUGGUUAAGGUGCAGGUGAGGGGGGUGGAAGCGGAUGUGGAGGAGUUGGAGGGGUUGAGGUAUGGGUAUAAAGGCGCUUGAAGAGGCUUGAAGAGG